AUGAAAUAUGAAGAGACUCUAGUGGAACAGAAGAAAAUGUCACGAAAAUUGAGCCCCGACGAUUUGACUCUACGCUGCCCGAUUUGUAGGGACGCCAGACCUACGGAAGGUGCCCUAAGAUAUCAUCUCAGACAGCAGCACAGGAAAAAACGAAGUGAAGUGGAGAAUCUCGUCGGAAUCGGAAAAGAUGAGCUCGACAAAAAGCGUCCUCGACUUUCAACUCCUCCUCGCCACAUCACUGAAAACGAAAUCAAAGCACCGAUCAUUCCCUCCAGCCUGACCGAAGAUGAUUCUCACUUCCUGCUUUCCAGAGUGCUUUCCAAAACAGGAACUUCGCCAAAACGCGAAACGGAGGUGAAAAUUGAAAGCGAAGAAUCGCUUCAAGAACCUUCAAAGAAUUACGUCUGCCAAUGCGGAAAGCGCUUCGAAUCUUCCAUGUCCCUGUCCGUCCACUGCUCGCUCGUGGGGCACAAGUUCGCCGAGCAUUUCAAUACUAACCAGCAUCGAAAAACGCGCGAGCCAAGUGACCGAAAGAAAAUACUAACGCAAACACUUCCGAUCUACUGCUACGCUUGUCCUCGCGCAUCGAAACAUACAGACCUCGCAGAAUUUACGACUCAUGUGAUUGAGAAACAUCUAUCGAUACGAGAGAAGGAGAAGAAAGGAGCGAAUGGAAAUCAAGUGACAGAAUCAGACCUUCGAAAAGCACUCCUUCGAUUUCCCCCAACGAUGAUGGAACCAGUCUCGAAAUCUUGCCGCAUGUGCUCUAAAGAUCACAAAUUCAAAAAGAUGGUAGAUUUCCGCUUGCACAUUCUGAGCCACACCGAAAUCCCCAAGUAUCGAUGCAGAUUCUGCCUCGACAAAAAGUUCACUGCCAACAAACGCGAAGAGAUAUUCCAUCAUAUUCGAAAUCGCCACGAGAAAGUCCUGACAAACGGCACGACGGAUCGAGCGGUUCUGGAGAGCUGCAAGGUCGACCCCAAACUACUGUGGCUCGCUUAUGGCAUCGACUACAACUAG